AUGCAGCGACUGGUGGCCAUUGCCGGCGGUGGGGCGGUGGUGGGCGUGGGCGCUGGACUGUGGACAUGGUGGGGCGGUGAGGAUGCGGAGCGAAGGAGGCUGGCUUGGCUCUCACGACGGCUGACGGCAUAUGCUGGCUACUCGGUGGUGGUGGGUGCGGUUGAGGUGAGCUUUACGGCAAGGGACGGCUUGGUGCUCGAGCUGGCCAAGCUGCGCAUUCUGCGGACGCCCGACACCAUCGCCCUGCUCGGCACCGAUGCCAAUACGCAGCACCUCAACUUGAGUGUGCGCAAGGCGCGGCUGCGGCUCUCGGCGCUGCGGUGGAUGGAAGGCAAAGGCUUGGUCCACUCGGCAGAGGUCACGGGCAUCCGCGGUGCCCUCGACCGGCGGCAUCUGGCAUGGGCGACGCCGCCGCAUCGGGCAGUUCUGCCUGAUGUGCUCGCAGAGUACUCUGUCGGCCCGGCGUCUGGUGUGCCUCUCCUCGCGCACGAGUACCAUCAAGAGUUUGUCAAGUUUGAGGUCCACGACUGCGAGGUGGCGGUGUACCAGGCUGGGCGAGUCCCGCUCGAUCUGGCCGUCUCGUCAGCAGUACUCCAGCCGUAUCGCUACCAGUGGCAGCACAUGGACAUUUCGCGGGCGACGUGGUUCCGCGGCUCGUUUGAUGCCAUGCCAGACGGGAGCUCUGCCGAGUUUGCCAUUGCCCCGCUGGCGACAAGCCGGACACGCCAGGUCGACAUUCACAUGGAGAUCACGUUUCCGCCGCCACCGGAGCGUGGCGAGUCUUUGCACCGGCGCAAGUUUGGCUACACUGCGGGUAACCGGUCGCUGGCGGCGCAGAACAAGCUGCCAGCGCCGCGGCGGGUGGCGUACAAGGUCCAUCUCGUGCUGCGUGACGUGCGGACGUCGACGCCGCACAUCGACAUCUGGUCGCCGUGGUCGGCGCUGUAUGGCCAGCUUGCACGGCCGAUUGUGGCGUACCUCAAUGUGCACCCCACCCGGAUUGAUCUUGACUUUGGGUUUGUUCUCGACGAGGCCUCGUUUGACGGCUCGAUGGGGCCGUGGGCUGCCGGAGUGUGGGACGCGCUUUCGCUUGGCGUCUACGACUCGCUUGUGGCCAAGUUGCCAUCGUCACGCCCGGCGCUGUUUGCGCUCAUGGCGUCGUCGUGGGCAGGGUGGGUUGGCCACGCCGGACCCUGA